AUGUCGAAUGAGGUCACCACUACACUGGCAUUAUGGGUUUCAGGUUCUCUUGGCUUCUGUUUGGUUGGUGGGAAAGAUAACAGGAAGGAAAUAGAGAGUCCUGCAGAAGCGUUGAAUAAUCCAGAGUCAUGUGAUCAAAUCCUCUCUCCUGCAGAAACAUCCAACCCACUGAAGUCAUCUGAACUGAAGAUCCCCUCUUCUGCUGAAGCGUUUUGUGGACCUGCUGAAGCGUUGAAUAAUCCAGAGUCAUCUGAACAAAUCCACUCUCCUGUGGAAACAUCCAACACACCAGAGUCAUCUGAACUGAAGAUCCCCUCUUCUGCUCAAGUGAUCAGUUUACCUGAAGUGUUGGAUAAUCCAGAGCCAUCAGAACAAAUCCCCUCACCUGCAGAAACCUCCAACACCCCAUAUUCAUCUGAACCAAAGAUCUUUUCUUCUGCUGAAGUGUUCGGUGUACCUGAGUCUGUUGAAAAGAAAAUGUCUUCUCCUGAGAAAGUGUCUAAGAAACCUGAUUUAUCUGAAAAGAAAACUGCCUCUUCUGCUGGAGCAUCCAGUUCUGGAAAGAGGAUCCCAAGAUCAUUGAAGGGAAAAGCUAAAAUUGUGAAGAAAACUCUUGUUCAAAACAGUUUGAAAACUAGCAAAGGUACAGGUACUUCACAAGUUAAUGGGAGGAAAAGGAAAAGGAAUAGGGGUAACAACGAGAGUAGCAAAACAAGAGAAGAAGAUGGCAAGAAGCUGAGUUUAAGUGAACAGAACCAACAGAAUAUCUUGAAAGAAGAGGCUACAGAGAAGAGCCAUCAGGCUCAGAAGAAUCCAGAAAAAUUUGACGAAUCCGAAAAGAGCCAACAAAAACGGAGUACAAAAAAACGACGUGAGUCAGACAAGAGUGUCAAGAGUGAAAAAAACAGUGAAAAACGUGAUUAUAAGAGAGAAAAGCUUGGUGGUUUGAUCUUCAUGUGCAGCGGAAAGACAAAGCCAGACUGUUUCCAUUACCGUAUCAUGGGUGUUACACUGGGUAAAAAAGAUGUCGUUUUAGGUAUCAAACCUGGGUUGAAGCUUUUUCUCUAUGAUUUCGAUCUUAAGCUUUUAUAUGGGGUUUACAAAGCAUCCUCUCGUGGAGGCAUAAAACUUGAGCCAAAAGCUUUUGGUGGGGCCUUCCCUGCUCAGGUGCGGUUCAAUGUGGAGAAAGAUUGUCUUCCCCUACCUGAGAGUGUUUUCAAGAGGGCAAUAAAGGAAAACUAUGAUGGGAAAAACAAGUUCAAAACUGAACUUACAGUUCGACAAGUCAGAAGGCUCACAGCACUUUUCCGACCAGCUCAAGUGCAUUCAUCAGUUCUAGCCCCCCGUUCCCCGCUGGAAACAAAAGCUCGGGAUCGGGGAGUUCAUGAGGGGGUGAGAGAAUCACGGCCGCUUUCACACAGGGAUGCACGUACUAGAGAUCCUUAUGCCCAUGCUGAUGCAAGGAGGUACCCGGUGUUAGCUCAUGAAAGGGACCAGCAUGUUGCACACCGAGAGGUGGUACCUGCAAGGAGAGAGGAAACUUCUCAUGAUUUGUACCCAACUGAAAAGGAAUAUCGAGCUUAUGGUCUUCAGGGAGACAGGAGAAAUGUGACUUCUCUUCCAAUUACUUCAGCUGUGGAAUCUCGCCAUAGGGACUAUGAAGGAGAGCAUCUUCUAAGACAGACAAACUUCAUUUACAGAGAUCCUGUUCCUGCACAUCGAGAGAAUGUUAAUUCCGAUCAUCUCUACUUGAAUGAUCCUCUUACUCUUGGUGCUAGACAUGAGUUGCCACCUGCAACAUCUGCUACUGCUGUCGAUGCAUAUGCAAGGGAGCCAUAUUAUCGUUCCUAUCAUGGUUCUUCAUUGUCGGACCCAUACCUGGCACCCUAUAGGAGAGAUGAUGUUCUGUCAGGAUCUUAUUCCGUUGGUGGAAGGAGAGAGAACUACCUAAUUGAGGCUGAUCCCGUGCAAAGGAGAGAAACCAGCUACGGACCAAGAGACAGGUACCUGAUUGAGACUGAUCCUGUGUAUAGGAGAGAACCUGAUCGUCAUGUAGAGAGAUUAUCAUUGUACUCGAGACAUGAUGCUGCUGCUGCUGAUGCUUCAUUAGGUUAUAACCAGAGAGAAACCUACCAGGCGACCAACCCGGAUCCUGUGCAUGCACCAGUCUCAUCUCGUUAUGCUUUUGCAGGUCCGUCAUAUACCUACCGCUAACUGGAGUUUUUGCAUCCCCUCCGUCUAUGCAGGGCGUUUCUUUUCUUCAAUUUUUUUUGUUAACAACAAAACCUAGAAAAGUAAAACUUUGUGUCAAAUAUUUAAACUUUCGUAUCGAAAGUAUGGAGUCUUGAACUUUUCAAUUGUUUCUGUUAAAUGGUACUGUUAAAGGUGGUUGUCUUUGAUAGAAGACA